UUUUGAAUUUGCUGUUGUCUCUUUAUCUGGGUUCAGACCAUGAGAGGCACAAACCAGAGCGUCUCCGAGUUCCUCCUCCUGGGACUCUCCAGGCAGCCCCAGCAGCAGCGGCUCCUCUUCCUGCUCUUCCUGAUCAUGUACCUGGCCACCGUCCUGGGAAACCUGCUCAUCAUCCUGGCCAUCAGCACGGACUCCCGCCUGCACACCCCCAUGUACUUCUUCCUCAGCAACCUGUCCCUUGUGGACAUCUGCUUCUCCUCCACCACUGUCCCCAAGAUGCUGGCCAAUCACAUCCUAGGGACGCAGACCAUCUCCUUCUCUGGGUGCCUCACACAGAUAUAUUUUCUUUGUGUGUUUGCUGACAUGGACAAUUUCCUCCUGGCCGUGAUGGCCUAUGACCGCUUUGUUGCUGUAUGCCACCCCUUACAUUACACAACCAAGAUGACCCAUCGGCUCUGUGUCCUGCUGGUGGCAGGAUCUUGGGUCAUCGCCAACCUGAAUGCUCUGCUGCACACUCUGCUGAUGGCCAGGCUCUCGUUCUGUGCAGACAAUGCCAUCCCCCACUUCUUCUGUGAUGUGACUCCCCUCCUGAGACUCUCCUGCUCAGACACACACCUC